AGCUGGCACGCAUCUCUGUGGCAGCGAAAUUUGUUACGUGACGACGCCAAAACUGUUAAACGUAAUUAAGUGUUGACAGAAAUAUAUUAAUUAUACAUUGUGUUUUGUGUGGAAAUAGUGAGAUUGUGGGUUUUGUUCAAUAACUUAUACAUUUCUGGAGGACAAACGAGCGUACGGGUCACCUGGUGUUAAGUGAUCACCGCCGCCCACACUCUCCUGCAACACCAGAGGAAUCACAAGAGCGUUGCCGGCCUUUAAAAGUAUUUGAGUAUGUGAUGGAAGAUAACAUAUUAGCCUCAUCUCAUCUCGUGUGAAAUUAAAAAUGAACAUUACAUCGGACUAAAUCUAUGGAGACUAUGAAUUUCUUCUGAAAAAUAAUCCACAAAGUUGUUGAAAUAAAGUUGUAAUGUUACCAGUAGUGAACAUAGCAACCCGCAGAGUUAGAGAUUUAUUAAGAGAUGAGGCGAUCCCGUAAAAAGUUCUAUUCCCCCGACAAAAUGGUGCUGAGGUUAUUCGCUGCGUUGAUUCUCUGGAGAAUUGACUGUCUCGUCGAAUGCACUAAAGUGGUGAAAAGUAACAUGCGUUAUCAGACUACUUCACCUUUGAGUCGUGUGGGACCCACGGCGGCCGUGAGAGACGCGGAGCCUAACUUCGAUGGGCCCAUUGAAAACGUAACUGUCGCCUUAGGCAGGGAAGCCAUACUCACAUGUUCUGUUUCGGAUAUUGGUGAUUAUAAGGUCGCAUGGAUUCGAGCCGACGAUCAGACGAUACUGACACUUCAUACAAGACUGGUGACACACAGCCCUCGGUAUGCUGUCACAAACGACUCACCUGGGUCCUGGCAGCUUCACAUCAGACCCCUGAAGGUGGAAGACAGAGGAUGCUACAUGUGCCAGAUUAACACGAGCACUAUGAAGAAGCAAAUUGGAUGCGUUGAUGUUCUUGUUCCACCGAAUAUAGUUGAUGAAGGUACAAGCGGUGAUUUAGUUGCUCGGGAGGGUACUGAUGUGAGCGUGAGAUGCAAAGCAGACGGCAGACCUCUUCCGAGGAUACUUUGGAGGAGAGAAGAUGGCAGUAGUAUACUGGUGCGGAACCCAGCUGGCGAGUUGCAAAAAGCUGACAUGUUCACGGGUUCACAUCUCAAUUUAACAAAAGUGGAGAGAACACAAAUGGGCGCUUAUCUAUGCAUUGCAUCAAAUGAUGUACCACCCUCUGUCAGUAAGCGAAUUAUGCUCAGUGUUAAUUUUGCUCCAUCGAUUUCAAUACCAUCAAAAGUUAUUGGUGUUCCAACCGGCUCUCAAGCAAAACUGGAAUGCCUGGUUGAGUCAUAUCCACGAGCAAUUAGCUACUGGCUAAAAAGUGGUGAAGAAAUGAUUUUAUCUGGAGGUAGAUAUGAAAUUAACGAGAUCCGAAUAUCUUCAUAUCAAACGAGUUCUACACUAUUGAUAUCUGAUUAUAAAAUAGAAGAUACUGGAACUUACACUUGUGUUUGCACAAACAUCAUCGGAAAAUCUGAGGGAAUCAUACGAUUAUAUGAAAUAAAAAUAACGACAACAUCCACGACAACAACGACCACGACUACGACAACUUCAACAACAACAACUCCACCGCCCACUACCACUGAGAUGACAACAUCACCUCAAUACAUCGUGGCGUUGCAACCUGCCGAACAGAAGUUUUAUACAUCCGAUGUCACUACUUAUGAUACAAUGCAGAACGUCAUAGAACAGUCCGUCCUCGACAACCACUGGCUUCCAACUGUGGAGUCACGCGGAACCUGUGCCGUGCAUUCGUCUCUCUUAUUAUUUCUACCCACAUUUUUCAAUAUUUUAAUUCAUCUGUAUGAUAGUUUAAUGAUAGUUAAUUAUAAAAAUUCAAUCAACGGCUUAAGAUGAUAAGUUUCGUGGAUUAGUUUUAACGAUCAACUGAAGUAUUACUUUUGUAUAGAAUUAUUUUUUGUUUCCGAUUUGUAAAAGUAUGGUAAAUUUGAAUAUAGGUAGAUAUUUGUAUCAUAAAACAUGUUCUAAGAACCUGGUUUAAAAACUCUCAGUAUCUAAGACAAUAACUUAUAACUACUUCCAUUAUCAAUUGGAUUCUGUGUUUUCGUUUAACAUAUUAAACUGUUAUUUAAGUAAAAGUUUUUGAUUACAUAAGUGUUUUUAAAAUACAUACAUAUUAAUGUUAAUUAUAUCAGUAUUGCUGUAACCCUAGAUAAUUUAUACACUUUGAAAAAAUAGCGGCGAACUGUUAACCUCUAUUUUUUUUUUCAGCCACUCACGCUAAAAAAAGUAACAUACUUAUCACGAGUGUAACACGUAGCUUAUUUCGUACACUACAGUCAUAAACCUUACCUGUUUUCACAACAUCAUCACAGCAAGAGGCUGUAUCUAGGCGCAUAAAUUAUCUAAGGGUGUACCAUCAACAAUAAUUACUGUACGAAAAAUCGGAGAAUCCAUUUUGUUUUAAAAGCGACUUUAUCAACCAUUAUGCUGGGAUAAAUUUUCACACAAUGUUUUUAUUCGUUAAAUAAACAAACGAUUCAUAGUAUUUUAGUUUUCAUUAAAUAUAAAUAUUGCUAACUAUUGUAAAGAUAACAUAUAGAUAUGUACAAACAUUUAGAUAUAAGAAAUUAUGAAAAAUAAUAGCAUUGGUAAACCGUUGGCAACUAAUUAACAUGAUAACAAAACAGAUCUUAAGAAAGCAUAUCAAUAAUCUUUAUAACUUAUAUUUAUUAAUAAUGUAAUUAAACCGAAGUUGUAUUUAACUUAGUAAGUGAUUUAUAGGAUACUAAGUUAGGAAAGCAUUAAAUGCGACUUGUUUGCUAAGUCUGUGUAAUGCGCUGUGUUGUAGGAUUUUAUAAGGUAAUGCAACUUACAUUACAGAAUUCAUAAAAUGAGUGUCGUCUAAGAGAAAUCGAGCUGCUCCACAAUACGCAUCAUAAUUUAUGGAUUAAUUAUUAUAAUUUGCCAUUUUGAGUCAUGUAUAUAAAAAUAUUGUUGAUAUAUCAUUCUCUUUCUUUAAAUAGUAUGUUUCUAUAAACAAAGUUCAAAAUAAACAAACAUAUUUUUAGCUGGAAUACAUUAUUAAUGUAAAUAUAAUAUGUAAUUACAGUCUGUACAACCAGAAACUUCUUGUCUUCUCAGUCAGGGAAAAUAAAAACAGAAUUCCAACACAAAAGCAAGUCAUUAUACCUCUAUAUCCAUCUCCUCUCCUCUCCUCACCCAUCCACGACUCACAUCAUACUUCACAUCGCUACACAAGCGCCACCUCUCAGACACCCGCCGCUCACUUCACUUGACUCGUAACAUAUUAUUUUCUUUUUCAGCUAGUUGUUUCUAUAUACUAUUGCAUAAGUUCAAUACUGUAUGAAACGAAUGAUAGUGUAUGAAAUUAUAUUGUAACUAUUCGCAAGAUAUAAAUUUGUAUGCACACAUUUUUUUUCUGUAUUCUGACACAGAAAUAUAUAAAAUAACAAUAAUGAAGCAUUGAAUAAUGAAUAAAUGCUACAGAUCAAGUAAAAAUACAGUCGUUAAAGAAUUUGCCUAGUUAAUUUAAUAUAAGCGUUAUUUAGUUUUAGAGAAUGUUUUGUAAAUAAUAGCUAAUUAUAAUUACUUUGGCAGAAAUUAAUUACAAUAUUAUUUGUAAGUUUAACGUAAAUAACAUUGAA